CUUGACGCCAGGACAGGGGAGUAGGGAGAUUGGGGGAAAGAGGCAUUGAGGGAAAAAAAGUAGAAAAUUAAAAAACAGCUUCAUGUCGGACUGCUUUAAAUAGAGAAAAGGAAUAAAGAAGCGACCAGCCUGCCUCAAUUAUUCAAAGGUUCCACACUAGACCUUUACCCAGGCUCUGGCCACCUCAUCAUAUGGUAUGGACUAAACCAGAGAAGAGGAGAGAGAAUAGAUCCUUUCCUUUACAUCUGCCUAUUGACUAGCUACGUUUGUAAAUCCUCAGGGUCCCAGAGAGGUGGGAGUUCAGCUGAACUUGUUCCCCAAACUGCACUCCCCUCAGUGGGGGUUGGUUGUGACCCAGCUCCAGGGUACAUCCCACCUCACGGCAGGCUUUCCUUUCCUGAGCAGCAGCUGUGUCCUGCCUGCGUCCUGCCUCUAUUUCCUGUCUUUGAGACGACAGCAGCACCAUGACCUCCAUGUCCAGCCUGUUCUCCUUCACCAGCCCAGCUGUGAAGCGUCUGCUGGGGUGGAAGCAGGGGGACGAGGAGGAGAAAUGGGCUGAGAAGGCUGUUGACGCCCUGGUCAAGAAACUGAAGAAGAAGAAGGGAGCCAUGGAGGACCUGGAGAAAGCCCUCAGCAGCCCAGGACAGCCCAGUAAGUGUGUGACCAUUCCUCGGUCUCUGGACGGUCGUCUCCAGGUGUCCCACAGGAAGGGUCUCCCCCACGUUAUCUACUGCAGGGUGUGGCGCUGGCCCGACCUGCAGUCUCACCAUGAGCUCAAGCCUCUGGAGAUGUGUGAAUACCCCUUCGGCUCCAAACAGAAGGAGGUCUGCAUUAACCCCUACCACUACAAGAGGGUAGAGAGCCCAGUUCUCCCUCCGGUGUUGGUGCCUCGCCACAGUGAGUUCAACCCACAACACAGCCUCCUGGUCCAGUUUAGGAACAUGACUCACAACGAGCCCCACAUGCCCCUGAACGCCACCUUCCCAGAGUCCUUCCAGCAGCACAGUGGGGGCAGCGGUACCUCCUUCCCCAUCUCCCCCAACUCCCCCUACCCCCCCUCCCCAGCCUCCAGCGGAGGGGUGGGCACCUACCCCAACUCUCCUGCCAGCUCCGGACCCUCCAGCCCCUUCCAGCUUCCAGCUGACACCCCACCCCCGGCCUACAUGCCCCCUGACGAGCAGAUGGGACAGGAGGGGUCCAUGGAGACCAACAGCAGCAGCGGGCCCAGGAACAUGCCUAGUGGGGAUGUGCAGCCAGUGGAGUAUGAGGAACCUAGCCACUGGUGCAGUAUUGUGUACUAUGAGUUGAACAACAGAGUGGGUGAGGCCUACCAUGCCUCUUCUACCAGCGUCCUGGUGGACGGCUUCACCGACCCCUCCAACAACAAGAACCGCUUCUGCCUGGGGUUGCUGUCCAACGUCAACCGCAACUCAACCAUAGAGAACACACGCCGCCACAUCGGCAAAGGGGUCCACCUGUACUAUGUAGGAGGUGAGGUCUAUGCAGAGUGUCUGAGCGACACCAGUAUCUUCGUUCAGAGUCGUAACUGUAACUACCACCACGGUUUCCACCCCACCACGGUGUGUAAGAUCCCUAGUGGCUGCAGUCUGAAGAUCUUUAACAACCAGGAAUUUGCUCAGCUACUGGCCCAGUCUGUUAACCACGGCUUUGAGGCUGUCUACGAACUCACCAAGAUGUGCACCAUCCGCAUGAGCUUUGUAAAGGGCUGGGGAGCUGAGUAUCACCGACAAGAUGUCACCAGCACCCCCUGUUGGAUAGAAGUGCACCUUCACGGCCCUCUGCAGUGGCUGGAUAAAGUGCUGACACAAAUGGGCUCUCCUCUCAACCCCAUCUCCUCAGUGUCCUAAUGGUUGCCCCCCCCCACCCAGACCAGACUCUCAACCCCAUCUCUUCAGUGUCCUAAUGGUUGCCCCCCCCCCUCCCAGACCAGACUCUCAACCCCAUCUCUUCAGUGUCCUAAUGGUUGCCCCCCCAGACCAGACUCUCAACCCCAUCUCUUCGGUGUCCUAAUGGUUGCCCCCCCCAGACCAGACUCUCAACCCCAUCUCUUCAGUGUCCUAAUGGUUGCCCCCCCAGACCAGACUCUCAACCCCAUCUCUUCAGUGUCCUAAUGGUUGCCCCCCCAGACCAGACUCUCAACCCCAUCUCUUCAGUGUCCUAAUGGUUGCCCCCCCU